UCAAUUGGGUUAAGGAAGAAGUGGAUACAUUUCAAUCUGAAAUUGGGUUUAUGGCGAAGAGGAGCCAAAGUUGUCAAGGUCCGAGUGAUCACAAAGAAGGAAGAGUCAUGGCUUUGCUUGGUUACUGUCAAAAUCUCUUCAUAAAAGAACUUCACAACAACUGUCGAAAUAGUCAAGUUGAUAUUUGUAGUAUAUCAAGGAGGCAGUAUCUGGGAAACUCGACAAUAUCUUACAAAAAGCCCCUCUUUUAUAGAAAAAUGGUUUUACACUAUUCUACAGUUAAAUGUACUUUAUCUUCAAUGGAUACUUCCGGAGCAAAGGAAAUUUCAACUACAAUAUCUGAAAAUGGCGCUGUUUAUCCGCCAUCACCUGCUAAAGGAGAAGGAAGAGGAGAUGCAGCGCUGGAGAACGAUGAAACCAAUUCAUCGAACAAGUCUAACACGGUAUCGAGUGGGAACCAAGAAAACGGCCAUCUUACAGUUUCACAAGUUACAAAGGACAGUUUAGAGAAGAAGAAGGACGAUGAGGAAGCACCUUUACAAAAAUUCUUGGCAUCAUCUCCUGCACUCAAUUUCGUACUAAGGCUUACAGCUCAGGAACAACAAAUAUAUAGAGAUAUGCAGCUUGUUACAGAUGCUGAAAGCAUUCGACAACGUGGAAAGGAGUUUGUUGCCAAAGGACAGACUCAUUUGGCUAUUUAUUUGUUUCGACUAGCCAUCGUAAAAGAACCAUCUUUUGGGAAGGCUUGGCAAGACCUCUCCAAAGUGGUUUUAAGAAAAUUUGGUAUCUUUAAAGCGAAAGAAAUAUUACUGGAAGCUGUGAAAGUGAAUCCUAAUAACCAAUUCUUGUGGAAAUCCUUGGGAUUGUUCGAACAGAGAACUGGUAAUAUUGAAGGUGCUCGAAAUGCUUUUCGAACGGGAAUUGAAAAGGAUCCUUUGCAUCUUCCUCUAUACUCUGCAUGGGCACGAAUGGAAUUUUAUUUAAAUAACUAUGAAGAAUCUCGGAAAAUAUUUCAAUCUGGAGUGGAAAAGGAUCCCAGCAAUUCUCGAUUUUAUCUUACUUGGGCACAGAUAGAGUUACGUGCUAAGAAUUAUCCAGAAGCUGCUCGUCUUGUCUCUCUUGUGGAACCAUUGGAACCCACCAAUGUCUAUCUUUGGCAAACUUAUGCUCAGAUAGAAAAUGCUCAAGGUCAUCUGGAACAAGCCUAUAACUAUUACUUGAAGGCUCUUGACUUGGAUCCCAACAAUGUAGUUGUUUUAGAAUGCCUUGCAAAAUUGGAAGCCAAAAAAGGUAAUGUUGAAGAAUCGAGAAGCAUUUUUAGAAAAGCCAUUCAGUUGGACGAGAAGGAUGCCCGAAUAUACGCAUGUUGGGCUAGUGUAGAACUGGAUUGGAACAACACAGAUAAAGCUGUUGAACUUUUGCAACAGGCUCUGAAGAUCAAUAAUCUAGAUUCCUAUCUAUGGUUACAGUAUGCAGUCAUUGAGCACAGACGUGGAAAUGUUCCAAGGGCACGAGCUCUUUUCAAACGAGGUGCGGAUAUCAAUCCUUUUGAUUGGUUUCUCUGGGAAGAAUGGAGUCACAUGGAAGCCAAAGAAGGAAAUCAAAAGGAAGCAGAACAUCUUUCCAAGAAGAGCGUCAAAGCAAGGUUGCGAAGUAUUGGAAAUAAUCUAUCAAGAUAUGAGCGCGAAUCCACUUAUGGAAACUCCUUUCAAGCAAGCUAUGUGUCAUAAGGAAAUUCACAAUAUCCAUAGUAAAGCAGUACAUGAAGACCUUUUGAAUAGUUUCCAAGGUUGAUAAAGUUGAAAGUAGGAUGAGAAACACAUCUUCAUUACUUUUUUCAAAAUAAAAUGUAAUUUGCUUAUGACUGGAGAGGAGAGUAAUCCAUUUUCAA